CAGUGCAGAGACAGUGGAGGUGUUGCUAAGGGGGGGGCUAACCCACAGCUGGCCGACGCCUUCAGACACGACGCAGCCCACUACGGCGUAACCGCCGGCAACCAGCGGAUCGCACAGCUUCUGCAGAACUGUCUUCCAGCCACUGAGGGCAACGGCGAGGAGAGGCAGCCCCCACCUCCCCCUCCUCUGCCAGGGGGGACCACCCCCCGCAAGAGGAAAGCCCCUCCUCCACCUCACUCCCCUCCCCAGGACUCUCCAUCCCUGCCUUCUCCUGCCCCCCAGAGCUCUCCUCCCCCUGCCUCUCCCUCAGCUCAGUCUCCAGAGACACGGCGCUCUAAUCAGGCCAACCUCACGGAGAAUGAGGAGGUUUUUGAGGAGAUCCGAAGGCUGCGUCUGGAAAGGAGGCGUCUGCUCCAGAAGAUUAAAGGUCUGGAGCAGCAGCACAACAGCGCACCCACUGACCUGGAGGAGCUGACCCAGCUGAGAGAGUGUCUGGAACAGGCGGAGGCAGAGCGGGACAGGCUACAGACUGAGCUGGAGGAGCUGAAGGCAGGUCAGGUGAUCGGAGCCAGUGACUCAGAUGAUGACAUACUGGACUUCCCAGUUGCUGAGAAGCUGCUCUCCAGGUGGUCCAGAGAGUCUCCCUCUGCUCUGGACGAGGAGGAGGCACACUCCCCCAACUCCACCUCUCCUCGUCCUGCAGACCCAGACACUGUGGCUGAGCUAUGCAGACAGGUGGAUGAGCUGACCUCACAGAACCAGGAGCUGGUCCUCAAAGUGCAGAUGCUGGAGAUGUUUGAGAAGGAUGACCCUGACAUGCAGACAACCGGCCCAGACUUUGUCCCCACGGCUCUGUAUGACUCCCUCAGGAAGGAGUUUGAAGCUCUACAGGAGCGCUACUGCCAGGCCCAGGCUUCAGCUGAGGCCUCCAGCAUGGCGGGAGAGGGGUGUGAGGUGGCGGGAGGAGGAGAGGGAGAGACAGCGGCAGAGGAGAAGGAGGGGACAGAGGGGAAGGGGACGGAGGAUGAGAGCAGUAAGGAGCUGAGGGAGAGGCUGUGUGGCAAGGAGAAACAGCUGGCCCACUCCCAGUCUGAGCUGGAGGAGCUGAGAGAACAGGUGCACCUGGAGGUAUAUUCUGGGGAACAGGCAGGGGGAAUGGGGGGUGAGAGAGAGACCCCCAGGGGCAGCGGCGAGGUGGUGAGCCUGGAGACGCAGCAGCUGAGAGAGAGGGUGAGGGAGCUGGAGGAGGCGCUGAAAGAGAGAGAGGGACAAGGAGAGGGACAGAGGGAGGAAGCGGGCCUGAGGGAGGUAGAGGGGGAGGGACAGAGGGAGGGAGAGGGGGAGAGCGCAGAGGACAAUGACACAGUCAAACAGCUGAGAAAGAAAGUUGAGGAACUACAGGCAGUCCUGGAAGAGAAAGGGACAGAAAAAGAGUUUGAAAAGGAGGACGGAGGAGGGGAGAGUGAGAGGGUGAGGAGCCUCAGGGAGAGGGUGAGCGAACUGGAGGCCACCCUGGCGGAGAGCAAAGAGUCAGGGAGAGCUGGGGGAGGGAGAGAGAAAGUGGUAGAGUCAGACGGAGAGGUGUUGCUGAGGCUCCAGGGCCGUGUGGUGGAGCUGGAGAGGGAGCUGAGGGACUGUGUUCCCCGUUCGGAGAUGGACGAGGUGCAGGUGACCCUGGGUCUGCAGUGUGAGCAACUGGCCAGGGAGAGGUCCGAGGCCAGCCUGAGACUGAACGAGGCCCUACUGGAGCUGGACAGACUACGGUCCCCCAGCCCCAAACACUGUCAGGGAGAUGAGGAAGAGAGGUCGGAAGGGUCAGAGCCCUCCAUUACAUCAGAGCUCUCCCUGAGACGGGUGAGGGAGGAACUGGAGGUGGCUAGGCAGGAAGCAGCUCAGGCUCCGGACUGUCUGUGUGCGGAGCGCGAGGGUCGGUCUCAGGACACCCUCCACCUGAGACAUGCAGUAUCCCUGUCCCAACACACAGAGGCGCUGACGGCUCUGUCGGAGCAGCUGGCCCAGACAGCCCAGGAACUGCAGGCGGAGAGGGCUUUGCGAUGCCACGCCCAGACAGAAACGGCCAGGUUGGAGGCCCAACUACAGGCCACACAACAGGACCUUAUAUCCUGGGAGGAGCAUGACAAAGUUAAGGCGGAGCUGCAGCGCUCCCUGCAGGCCAGUGAGAACAGUGCAGCGGAGGCCAAGGAGGCUUUGAGUGUGAAGGAGACAGAGCUGAGAGACCUGAGGUCCCAGAAGGCUGUGGAACAGGGCCUGGUGUCCAAGGAGGACCACGAGUCCCAGCGCCUCUCACUGCAGGCCGAGAUCAACGCAUUCACCGCCCAAUUCAACAACCUCACACGCAAUCACCAGAAGACUUGCACCGAGGUGUUCCAGGUGCAGCGUGAGGCUCUGUUUAAUAAGAGUGAGUGUCAGGUGGCCGAGGCUCAGCUGGCCACGGCGCAGCAGCAGCUGGCUGACCUGCAGGCCCAGUCCAGCCACGUCCAGGAGCUCCAGAAAGACAUCCAGGACUCCCAGGCCCUGGUCAAGGAGAAGGACCGCAAGAUAAUUGAGCUGUCUAAGGAAGUGUUCUGUCUGAAGGAGGCUGUGGAGGCUCUGAGUCCUCCUCUGGGCUUUUCCUCCUCCUCUCACUCCCAGUCUGAGAGAGUCCACCCUGGGAACCCUGGCCAGCAGGUGUCACUGCAGAACAGAGUGGCUGUACUCUCCAAGGAAAUCCAAGAUUGGAAACGAACGCACAGACAAGUCAUAGCUGUGUACCGAUCCCACCUACUGGCUGCUGUCCAGGGCCGGAUGGACGAGGAGGUACAGGGUCUGUUACUUCAGAUCCUCAGCAUGUCACACAAGGACCAGGGACACUGACCCCGCAGGCAGGCAGGCAGGCAGGCAGGCAGGCAGGCAGGCAGGCAGACAGACAAGACAGAGAAUACUCACUGUACACUGGAAGACACAACAGGCCAUGGGAUCCAGCACUGUACUGUACCAUCUACUAACUACAGAAUAUGUACACACUUACUGAAAGCAGCUGGUCUGUUCUGGAGACAGCUGCAUACAAUACAAUACAGUACAGUACGUGUAGCCUUAGAUAGACAUCAAGGCUAACCCAUUUAUGACUCGCAUUGAACUGGAUAUGCAUGGACAAGUAUGGUUUUCUGGUAUCAGAAAGAGAAAUGUCUGUAUAGAGAUGUACUUGUAUUGAAUAACAAGAAUGUAUCCCUUGUCUCUUGAGCCUACUGAUUGUAUGACUGAUUGUAUUUUGUAUGAUAUUCUUACAGUAAAGAUAUAGAAAGAAACCAAA